CGUUUCUCUGUUUACUUUCCUUCCUUUCCCCCAUUCCAUGCCCUCACACGAAAUAACGCGCAACCCCACUCGCCUCAUCCAUGCGGCUCACCCACCUCUCGCGGGGUUCCCAUCACGAUGGGCCCUAGGCCCGAUGGACUACUAUCUCGGCCCAGGCAUCCCGAUUGUCGUCGUCUUCGUCUAUGAGGCUGGGCAGGGCGGCGAAGAGGCGGGGAGCGUCGUACCGGUCCAUCGACUGGAGAAGGCUAUGCGCUACCUCCUGGACUCUCACCCGCACUUCACCGGUCGAUUCAUCGCAGAGGCUGGAGAGGCAAAGGAACCCUGCAUCGCUCAGCUGGGAAGCGGGGCCGCCCUCAUCGAGGCAAACAGCUCUGCGCGCCUCGACUCCUUCGUCAGACCCGAGGGAGGUGACUACAUUACCACCUCGUUCCCUCCCGACCUUGUGCCCCCCUACGAGCCCACCGCCGAGUACCUGGCCCACAAUCCCUUCUUCGCCGUGCAGCACACCCGCUUCUCUUGCGGCGGGGUGGCCCUCGCGAUCAGGAUGGCGCACGCGGUUGUGGAUGGAGAGGGGUUCUUUAGCGUUGUGCGUGACCUGGCGACUGUGUACAGGCAGCUGAGCGCGGGAGUGGAGAAACCGCAGCUGGACCACGCGCCGAGCAUCAGGCCUUACAUGGCCGACUGGGCUAGCGGGGCGAGCGAGGAAGAGAGGGAGGAGGCGCGAAGCUGGAAGUCGAGGGGGUACAAGCUGGCCGGCGAGGAUUGGAAGGAGGGUAGUAACGGCGUAACCCAAUCCACGCCCGUAAUUGAGAGCGACUCACCACCCCCCGACCCGGAUCCCGUCCAAGGUCGAGUUCUGCGCUUCUCCCCGACCCAACUCGCCUCCCUCAAACAGGCCGCCUUGCCCCACACCCACACGGAAGGACAGUACAUCACAACAUUCGACGCCCUCUUCGCCCAUCUCCUCCAGCUCACCUAUCGAGCACGCUCCUCCCCGCAUCGCAACCCGGCUGCGCAACCUACAAUUUGCAACUUCCUCACCCCCUCCUCCUGGCGCGCGCGACUCGGCCUACCCGCGCACCACACGCCUAACACCUGUUUUGUCAAUUUCGCCUCUCUCGACCCGCAAGAAGUACUCCAAGGCCCCGUAGACAGGAUAGCGACUGCGGUUCACUCGGUUAGCCGCGGGUUGAGCCUCGGGGACGCGCAGGCGGAGUUGAGAUGGCUGUGCGCUCAAAGGGACAAGGGACGCGUUCAGCUCGCCUACGAGUACGGCGAGGGGAGUCUUAUGCUGAGCGCUUGGCAUAGGAUGGACGUAUAUGCUGCUGGGACGCUGGAUGAUGCACUGGUACCGGCCGUCGUGUCUACGCCUUUCACGAGCGUGAGCCUGGUGGAUGGACUGGGGUACUUUUUGCCUGUGCCGCCAAAGGUGGGAAAGCAAGGAGAGGGAGCAGGAAUAGAUGUUGCGCUCGCGUUGAAGGGGUCUGUUUGGCGGGAGAUUGAUCGUGCGUUGGGAAAGAAGGGGGAAGAGGGGAAGAGGUCGUUCACGUACGUGGGGUGACAGUGCGGAGACGCAGAGACAAGAAGAUACCAUUGCAUAGCAUUUCUCGCACCACUGCAGCACGGAGAAGGACAGUCGAGCAACGCUCGAGA